AGUUUUUGGAGGGAAAAUGGAUUGAGAAUUAACGGUAAAUUCAAGAAUCAAGAAGUGACUUUUGCAUUUUUCGUCAUUGAUUCAACAAUGGAUAGAUACUAUUCACUUGAACACAACCCUGAAGCGAUCCCUCCUAAUGAUACCAUCCACUGCCUUACUUUUGGGUGCAGAAUGCAAGUUGCAUCCUUCAACGAUUAUAUUCCGAUGUCUCGAUCAAGAGGAAUAGGGCUCUUCAAUUCGGUGAUUAAUGUUAAUGUAUCAGACAACGUGAGUAAUCAUCUUGGAACUACCGUAGCCAACAUUUACUGUAGCCAAUGUGAUAAGAUGAUCGGGUGGAAAAUUAUUGCAGUCACCCAAGCGUCGGAGUAUAUUACAGAAGGGAGAUUCUGCAUGAGAUUGGACAAACUUAGUUUUUCGAAUUUUGUAGCGAUGAUUCUUUCAAUCCAGGAACAAAAUUUCCGGGCUAAUGAGGAAAAUGCAGAUCAAGAUGCAGACACAACUGAUGGAGAAGGAGACUCUAAUGAUCCAGAUUUAGGCGCUAAUGACCAAAAUGUUGAUCAAGAUGGAGACACAGCUGAUGAAGGUUUAGGCGCUAAUGAGCAAAAUGUUGAUCAAGAUGGAGACUCUACUGAUCAAGAUGGUGACACAGCUGAUGAAGGUUUAGGCACUAAUGAGCAAAAUGUUGAUCAAGAGGGAGACUCUACUGAUCAAGAUGGAGAAACAGCUGAUGAAGGUUUAGGCGCUAAUGAGCAAAAUGUUGAUCAAGAUGGAGACUCAAAUGAAGAAUAUGAUGGCUCUAUUUCUAGUUACUUGAUGCAUUUCAUCGGUCAAAAUGUUGAUCAAGAUGGAGGCGCUAAUGAGCAAAAUGUUGAUCAAGGUGGAGGCAUUAGUGAGAAAAAUGUUGAUCAAGAUGGAGGCCGGCCAAUGAAACAACCGAAGAUAUAGAUCAAGUGGCUGACGGAAUAG